AUGAACCAAGGCCUAUGUGACCAAAAGAUCGCAUCUUUCGACGGAAAAGGAUCGAAAUCCAUGGAAAAAGGCGAGAUCUUUGAGGGUGAAGAGAAGAAUUUGGUUGAGGAAGACGGAAUGGAAUCGGAGAUGAAGGAAUUAGGGUUUGCGAUGCCAAGUGAAAGAAAUGUGCCAAAAGCACAGACCCAGGUUGUUUCUGACUCAAGUAUUCUUCAGAAAGCUGGAACUGCCUUGGAGGUAUUGAGGGAUGUGCUGAAUACCAUUGAUACCCAACACCCUGAGCGUGCAAAGGAUGAGUUCACGUUAGAUCUUGUGGAACAAUGCUCAUUUCAAAAGCAGCGAGUAAUGCAUCUGGCAGUAACUUCACGGGAUGAGAAACUCGUUUUACGAGCAAUUGAGCUUAACGAGCAGCUUGACAUGGUUUUACGGAGGCAUGAUGCUCUUGUAGCUAGUAGAACAAUGGCAGUUGCAGAUCACGUUGACCAAGUACAGGAAGAGGAGGAAGAGGAACAACUUUUCCGACGGAUUCGAAAAGGCAAAGCUUGUGUCAGACCCCAAGAUGAAGAGCGCCCAAUAGAUCGACCUUUGGGGUUAAUGGGACAAAUGGCUCAUCGCCCGCUCAUACGGCCGCUUACCGUCGAUCGUCAGCAGGAAGCCGCUCGACCCCCAAAUACAGAGGCCAAACAUGAAACUGUUAGGCCUUUACAUGACCCAGAAACCAAUCUAACGGGUAAACUGGCAGCGUCAAUUCCACCGCCACCUGCCAAACACGUCGAGAGGGAGAAAUUUUUCCAGGAGAACAAGUCAGAUGGCUCGUCUCUUAAUGGCCACAUGAAAAAACUUACAUUGCACAGCAGAAAUGCCAGCAGCUCACGCAGUGGAAGUAUAGACUUCAGCGAUUGA